AGUGGAAAAAUGUUCAAAAUUCUAAGUGAAGCGGCUAAAGGAGUCUCGGCAUUGAAGCAGAUAGAAGCAGCUGGUAAAGUAAUUAAAGCUCGUCCAUUUUCUUCAAAAGGAAAAGGCUCGAUCGAUCAAGGGCUCACUGACUUCAGCCAGCGAAAAGAAUGCCAACAGAAAGCUUGCGCUGAACGCGCACUGAGAGAACCUGAAAUUGAAGAACCAAGAUGCGAUAAGGCGUCCAGCCCCAAGACGUGGCGUACCUGUCCAGACCCUCCGACUCCAAAAGAAUUUUCAUGUGACGACACUUUACAGCACAAGGUACCCCGCCGAAAGAAGCGAGCUGUGGCAUCUCGACCAGCUUGUUCGAAACCGGCACCCAGUGUGGAAGCGCUAGAAUGUGUAAAAGUCAAGACAGAACUGUGCCCUCGAAUCGGCGUUCCCGGAUGUCAUCAGGCAAAGUUUCCUCCCAAGUGUGACCUUCCAAAAGCAGUUCGAAAUUGCGUCAAGGCAAAGCCUCCAGUUCCAUCGUUUUCGGAGUGUUAUCGAAACCCUUUCCCUCCCCUGCCCCGGUCCGAAUGCACCUGUUUGACGACGCCCAAAAUUUGCCUUUAAAACACCAGUCCGACUGAAAGCCGUGAAUCGAAAUGUUGAGAUUUUUUGUCGAUAAAAUUAAAGUAAAUAAAACGACAAAAAUUGAACCGUAAUCUUGAUCCUUUGAUAUUAGAUGUGUCAUAAAGGCACUGUUGUCCAUUCCGCAAAAACGAUACCUUCAAAUACCCACAAGAGAAACUUAAAUUGUAGCGUGUAGUUAAAAUCGUAUUUAGCGAGAAAACAGUAGCCGUUUAGCUGCAUUUUUAUUUGUAAUUAAUCUAUGUACAAAUAGCCGAACAAACUAGGAAUGUUCCAUUUUGAAUAUAAAAAAUAU